AUGACUUCGACAAAUGCUGGACGAAAACGGAUGAAUGCCAAAACCUACACGGCAGAUGAUCAAGCCCUCGGACAAAUUGCUCGAGAGGCUGAAGCCAAAUUGGCUGCAAAACGAGCAGCAAGGAAUGAAGCCCGUGAGAUCCGAAUGAGGGAACUUGAAAAACAACAAAAAGAAAAUGAAGAAAAACAAGACAGAAUAUAUGAGCUAACCAAUGAUAUACCAAAGACAUCAAUGCGACAGUUUGGUGGUGGUAGCAGUAGACGAGGGAGUGAAGAUUCCACCACAGAUGAGGGAUCUCGGGAAAUGCGAUCCCAGCUGGCUGAGCUGGAUGAGAAAUACAAGAAAGCGAUGAUGGGCACUGCCCAGCUGCACAAUGAGAAGCAGUCAUUGGUCUAUGAGGUUGAACUCCUCAAAGAUCAACUGGAAGAACGAGAGGAAGAAGUGAUUGAAUGUCAGCGGGAAUUUAGAGAUAAAUGUAAAGAAUUAGAAUCUAAAAAACGAUCAUACCGUGAUUUAGAAACAGAAUUUAAAAAUUUAAAGAUGCAAGUAGAACAAAGAGAUAAAUUAAUUGAGGAAAAUGGUCUUGCCAUAGUCAUAUCGGAUGAGGGAGAGUGGACCCUAGUGAAGGCUGCAGCUCCCAAUGGCCCCCUUACAGCUGGCCUACCUACAAUGGGAAUGGUGAAUUCACGGUUAGCCAGUGAAGCGGACACAUCCUUAGAAGCUCCAGCAAGUGUUCUAGAAGAAAACCAACAUCUCAAAGCUGAACUAAAGAAAUUAACUGAUCAGUUAGAAGAGGAACGUUCCAAAAAGAAAAAUUCUGAAGACAAUCAAAUAUUUCAAGCCAAUGGUCCUGAAAUGCAGCUUUAUGAAAUACAGAGAGAAGCCAGCAAACAAAUACAUGAAUAUAAACUGAAACUUCAAAAAGCCGAACAAGAUAUUGCUACUUUAGAAGGAUCUGUCAACAGGUUGGAUUCUCAAGUGAAACGCUACAGAGCAGAAGCUGAAGAUUCUGAAAAAUUGGAAGAUGAAUUGAAACAAGAGAAAAGAAAACUGAUGCGUGAGUUGCGAGAGGCACAGAGUCAAAUUGAGGAGUUGCGUAACCACAACAGCCACCUUCAGAAGAGAUUAGAGAAAAUGAAACAGUCCCGCAGUGCUUUGGUCAAGCAAUCGAUGAUCCACAUGCGGACAUGGCAUCUGCUGCAUUCCUUUCCAUUCUUUCAACUUCAUUUUUUUCUUUUUCUUUCAUACAUUAAACCUUUUUUUCCCCCCCACCGUCUCUCUGUAAGGUCUUUUCUUUGGUUUUUGUACAAGACAAAUGAGCAAAAGAAGUGGGACCAGUGUUCAGCCCUGAAGCACUGA